AUGAGUGAUGAUGAAUACUCAUGGGAAGCGUUCAAACCAAAUAAGAAUAAUUCUAAAACGAAUACUACUACUGAUACUGGAAUCGGUAUGCGUUCAGUCGGAAGUACCACAAAACAACCGUCGGAUUCAAUCGAUGCUGUAAUUCUUGAUGCUAUCAGAUUAAAUAUCCGAUUGAAAUAUAGUUAUCCACAUUUACAAGCAUUUGUUGAUGAACUCAUUCAACCAAACAAGCAUCUUCGUUCAAGUGAAAAUGGUCAAUGUGUUUCAGUACUUCAUCAAUAUGCAUUGAUAUCGACUCAUGAUCCAAUUGAUAUGAGUAAUCAAAGUGUACGUACAAUAUAUCGACCUAAUUUAUUCAUACGAAAGAAUGAUGCUUUCGGACCGUGGAAUUUUAAUUAUUUACUUAAUCUUCUUGAACUCGACUAUCAAUGUAAUGAUCCGAAUCAAAACGAAUUUCCUAAAGUGUGGAAAACAAGUUCAACGACUAAAGUCUACAUACAUCGAGAAGAAAUGAAAAAGAAAGAUGCAUCAACGAAUACUACGAAUAAUGAUGAUGAUAUAACUCUUGAUGAUCUUCUGAAAAAGAUUUGUCGACAAAACAAUUGUGAUGAAGGAGAUGCAAUACUUUGGAAAAAAGCUUUAAAAGAGGAAAGUAUAGCUACAAUUGAACAUCUUCGAAAUGCGGCAACUAACGAUCAUUCUUGGGAGAAAAUAACAUCAGUAAAACAUUUGGUUAAGCAAAUGAUACGUGAUUAUAUUCAAUUGAAUGCUGCUUCUCAUGCAUUCGAUUCAUCAAAUAAUCCAUAUACAAAUUCGGACGCUACUUUACUUGCUGAUAUACAUCGCGUACGACGAUAUUUUCAUGAUAUUACUGAUACAGUCAAAUUUAUUCCUUAUCUUGAUCGACGUGCUGUUGAUUUGGCUAUUAGUGAAAUACGAAAAACAUAUGAUGAUGAUGGUAAUGUUCUCAGUAAUAUACAUGCAUAUUUGACAACAUUCUGUCUGCAAAAUACUCUGAUCGAUGCAAAUGCCCAUAAACAACAGCAUGAUGAAUGGACAAAAGAACGAGAUAAUUUUGUAACACUCAAUAAAGAUCGUCGUACUAAAGUUAAUAAACUCGAAAAAGAAACUAAAGCAUACAAAGAUGAAGUUGAAGCUUGUGAACGUGGUCUACAGAAUGCUGUUUCUAAAAAGAAACAAAUCGAUGCUGAAGCAAAGGAUUUGCUUGAAAAAAUGGUCAGUAGUGGAAUGACGAAACAAGCAUUUGAUAAACAUGAUGAAGAAAAACGAAAAGUAGAACUUGCCGAGAAAGAACAUCAAGAGGCUAAAGUUCGUCUUCAACGAGCACAAACCAAAUUGUCCGAACAUAGAGCACCAAUCCGUGAAUUAGAAACUAAAAUAGCUGAAGAUGAUGAACGAAUUGAAAAUCUUAAUACUAUUCUUAAAAUCGAUGUAGCUGAUGCACAUCGAAAAUUGAAGGUUAAAUAUGGACGUGGGUUACUACUUUAUGGACCACCAGGAACAGGUAAAUCUGAACUAUUGAAACGAGCUGCCAUAUUUGCGGGUAUUACAAUGACGACAACUCCAUUGGCAGCUGGCGAACUUAAUCGUCCGUAUGUAGGCGAAACUGAAAGAUUACUUGUAGAUAUCAUGUAUCGUGCGAAAACAAUACGUUAUCUAAUAUGUGCUAUGACAAUUGAUGAAAUAGAUGGACUUGUUCCUAAACGUGAUAAUAAUGCUCAACAAUCGAAAGUCGAUGGAAUAAGUGUACUUCUUUCACAUAUUGAAGGUGUUAAAGAUAUAUCAAAUUUGAUUGUAUUUGGUGCAACAAAUCGACGUAACAUGAUGGAUGAAGCUUUUCUACGUCGGAUGCAAGCAAAAUGUUUUGUUGGUCGGCCAUCACCUCAAAUUCGAAAGAAAAUGCUUGAACCAUUGUUGUGUAAAGAUUUGACAACAUUUACAGCGAGUCGAAUUGAUUUUCUUGUUAAAGUUACAACUAAUUUUAGUGGUGCAGCAGUCGGUGCACUUAAAUCGAGUAUUAUUGUUGCAAUGGAUCAACUUAAAAAUUCUGAAGCUCUAACUGAUAAGACAUUACUUGAACUAGCUGACAAUGCAGCAAGAGAAUUUAGUUGUUGGUUUGGUAUUGGAACAUUACCAGAAAUUUGUCGUUUAUAUCCAAAUAUUGUUUCAUCGGCAGAACAACAAGAAAAAUAUUCACUUAAAUUACCACAUAUUUCACCAUCGGGUCGUAUUCUUGUCGAUCUACAAUAUCGAAAAUGUUUAAUCGAAUUAUCUAGUAAUGAUGCAACACUUGAUUAUGACCUCAAUCCUGAAGAAACAUCGACAUUAACAUUACUGUCACGUUUUGUUAAUGGUUGUUCAAGUCGAAAUAUCGAUACAAUUCAAAUAAUGGAUAUGAAUUUUCUUACUAAACAUAACGCAUUUGAUGAAAAUCAAAUAUUCGAAUUAUUAACAACAACAUUUCUCGAGUGUGAUGAAUAUAAUCGUUCGAUGCUCAUUUUUGAUAUCGAUUCACUCAUUAUGCUCAGUGUUUCUGAUUCACAAAUGUCAAAAUCAGUAUCAAUUUCAAACAUACAUUUAUAUCAAUUUAUUCGAGAAAAAUGUAAGACAGCUAUUGUUGAACAAAAGACUACAAGUAGCAAUUUUAUGUUGCAGGCAACGACAGGAUCGGCUAAGGAACAAUUGAAAGAGAAAUGGAUGGUAAUGAUUGUUAAACAUCCGCUUCUCCGUAAUCUAUUAAUUGACGAUAUCGAAUUCAAGAAGACGCUUCAACAGAUUCAACAAGAAAAUGACGAAGAAGCAAAACGUCUUGAUGAUCAAUCAGUUAAACAAUGUCCCAAAUGUCAACAGAAUUAUAUUCUGGCACAAGUUAAUCACGGCAGUUGUCACUAUCACGAUGGAUUUGUCGUUGAUCUUGAUCAAAGUAAUAAACGAUUAACCAUUCAGGAAGCGCAAAGAAUUGCUCAGAAAGCUAAAUUAUUGGCACAUAGUGGCAACAAUGAACAAAAUCCGAAACCACCGAAACUGAUGUGGGCAUGUUGUUUGGGACUAUAUGGAAUAGAUCAGCCAUGUCGAGUAGGCAUUUGUGGACUACCAGAAGAGCUAAAAGAUCAGAAAAUUGAUCCAGAUAAAAAUUUGGUAACAGUCGUACAAGAACAUUUUAUGAAAAAUAAAGUGGCUGAUCAAAAUAUAAAUGAAUUCAAGAAGACUUAUAUAAUGACGCCAGCCACGAUACAAUCAACAAGUACCACUGCUCGAUCACUCACUGUCACACCAUCAGUCACUGCUUCCUCGUUCAAAAAAUAG